CUGCACUAAUGCUGUGCAGUUUGCUGGUUCCAUGUAGUUUUCAAUUCAGUGUAGGAUUCAGUGUAGUGGUGUAAGUCUGACUUUGCUGCGGUAGACGCUCCGACGGCUUCCUGAUCAUGGACUGGAACGGAAUAAUACUGAUUAUAGUUGUGGGAGUCACCAUUGGCAUGGAAACAGACGACUGUCCAGGGGACGGGAGGUUUCCUGAUUCAAGUAUCUGUGGUGCUUACGUAGAUUGUGUACCCGACGGAAACGGCGGCUAUGAUAUAAUAAAGGGUGAUUGUGGGGGCUUCCUGUACAAUGCCACCUCUAAGAGUUGCUCUAAUGACAGCAUGUGUGUUCUCUCGCGUCACACCCGGAGUGUUUUCCCAGAAUUCAAUCCAUAUUCGUAUCUGUGUGAAGCCCAGCCUGAUGGUUUUCUGUGUGCAAAUUGCAAGACUCAGGUCAUGUGUGUGCAGGGACAAGCCUUUGUUCGUCACUGUACUGAGGGUGACUUUUGUUUAGGUAAAACAGAGUUUGGAGGAGGCGUGUGCUAUCCAGGUGCCCCCUUACAGUGCACAUGUGAAAAGCCUCAUGAAUUUCGUGUGGAUUAUUAUGACCCACAGAGGUUCUUCGCUUGCAAAGAUGCUUAUUCUGAACCAGUUGCCUAUAAAUGUUUGGAUGGAAUGGUAUUUGAUGAAUCUUCUUCACAGUGUCUGAACAAUGCUGGAUUUCCACCAUGCACCGUAUCUGGAACUUUUGCCAACCCAAAUAAUUGUGGUGAAUACUAUACAUGCAUUGCCUUGAGACAUGGGUAUCUUCAAAGGUUUUCUAUGUGCAGUAAUAAUACUUUGUUCAAUGAGAAGACGCAAACAUGUGAAGAUCCUUGUAUUUAUCAGUUUGAGUGCCAAGUGGACGGACGUUUUAGUGAUCCCUUCAAUGUACGCUAUUACUUUGAGUGCUUCAAACAAAGUGAUGGUCGAAUGAUGAAGUUUCGUUAUGCUUGUCCUGAGGGCUAUAUAUGGUAUACUGAAAACCCAGGAGUUGGACGAUGUGUGGAAGACAAUGGUGACUACUACUAUGAAAACCCUUUCAGCAACUGCAACAAUCCAGAGAACCUGUGUCCUGAUCAUAAUCAGUGUGAGCUGGACCCUUGCUAUCCUGGCGUUCCAUGUAGAUCUUCAAGCGUGGCUCCCUACUUCACCUGUGGUCCUUGCCCCACUGGAUUCUCUGGGGAUGGAAUUACGUGCGAUGGGCUAGGGUGCCCAGUUGGGUUUGCAGGUAUCAGUGGUGAAUGUGCCCCCGACUCUGACCUUGAUGGUUACCCAGACUCUGAACUAAGUUGUACAGAGAUAUAUUGCCGUCAGGAUAACUGCAUUUAUAGGCCGAAUUCCGGCCAAGAAGAUGCAGAUGGCGAUGGUGAUGGCGAUGCCUGUGAUAGUGAUGCAGAUGGUGAUGGCUUUGAUAAGAAUACGGACAACUGUCUGCUGAUAUCCAACCCACUGCAAGAAGAUGCAGAUUCAGAUGGAUGGGGAAAUGUCUGUGAUAACUGCCCUUCUGUGUCUAACCCGAGGCAAAAGGAUACUGAUGGGGAUGAAUUGGGCGACGAAUGUGACGACGAUAUUGAUAAUGAUGGAACCGACAAUGUUAACGAUAAUUGUAUCUCGACCGCAAAUGCCAACCAAAAUGAUCUUGAUGGGGAUGGUUUGGGCGAUGAGUGUGAUAACUGCCCCCAGCAUCCCAAUAUUGGCCAAGAGGAUGCUGAUGAAGAUUUUCUGGGAGAUGCGUGUGAUAACGAUGCUGACUUGGAUAGUGAUGGUGUGGACGACAGUAUAGACAACUGCCCAGAUGUAGCCAACAGUGACCAGUCAGAUGUAGAUGGUGAUGGCAGUGGCGAUGCCUGUGAUGCUGACAGCGACAAUGAUGGUGUGGAUGACACGGCUGACAACUGUCCACUGAUACCGAAUUCAGGCCAGCUAGACAGUGAUGGGGAUGGCCGUGGCGAUGAUUGCACCGACGACUUCGAUGGUGACCAAAUUGCAGAUACAGAGGAUAACUGCAUUUACAAUCCUAAGGUGCACACUACAGAUUUCAGAAAACUUCAGGUGAUAACCUUGAACCCAGAGAUUGUAAGCAUUCCUCCAGUUUGGAUCAUCUAUGAUAACGGAACAGAGAUUCACCAAUUGAUGAAUUCUGACCCAGCUAUAGCACUAGGUGAUCACUCGUUGGGAAAUGUUGACUUUGAAGGGACCUUUUUCAUUGAAGAUCUAGGUGAUGACGACUUUGUUGGCUUUGUAUUUGGCUACCAAAGCAAUGCCAAGUUUUAUGUCAUGAUGUGGAAGCAGACUGCACAGGACUGGUUUAGCCAAGCGGAGAGAGGUGUUACUCUGAAGCUGAUCAACUCCACUACGGGUCCUGGUACAGCACUAAGGGAUGCAUUAUGGUACACUGGUUCCACACCUGAUCAGGCAACACUGCUUUGGAAGGACAACAGCAUUGGAUGGGCACCAAAUGUGGCAUAUCGCUGGCAGCUUCACCACCGGCCUCGUAUUGGCGUCAUAAGGUUCUACUUGUACAGAGGGGAUUCUCAGCUGAUCGACUCUAAAAACAUUUAUGAUACUACACUACAAGGAGGCCGAUUGGGACUCUUCUGCUUCUCUCAAGAAAAAGUUAUCUGGUCCAACAUCAAGUAUACCUGUACUGAUGAUAUCCCCAGAGCCAUGGCUGAUGAUCUAAAUAUGCGGCCAUGAUUAUUACAGAAGGCUUGCCCCAUCCUACAUUCCAAAUCUGCAAACAGCUGUAUAUGCAUAUCACAUGGCCAUUUUUAUUAGUGUAAAACCAUUUUUAAUAACUUUAAUAAUUAUUU